AUGUCUCCGGCGAUUCUCGUCGGUCCCAUCUUCGCGGUGGAUGCCGCCGUGUCUCGCGCGAUUCACACGGCGGCGAAGCCACUACUCUCACCGUUUCUCCUCCUACUCCUCGAGAUCUCUGCUGAUUUCCGGUUCUCCUUCCCGUUAUCCCUUUCCCUUCUCCUCUCUCUCAUUCCGUUCCGUUCCGUUCCGUUCCUCCUCGAUCUAAUCUUCGUCGGAAUCGUGAAGCUAACCUUCCGUCGUGCUCGUCCCGUUUCAAUCAUCGCCGUAUCCGCUGGUCACUAUUCCUUUCGCUCCGGCCACGCCCUCCCGCGUCUUCUUCGUUGCCGUAUCAGUUCACUUCUUUUCUGCUGCCGUAGAAGCUCCCAUGGCUGA